GAGUCCGUCUCGGCCUGAGCUCCUGGGAUCCAGUCACCAUGGAGACCGAAAGUGAGCAGAACUCCAGCUCUGCCAGCGGCAGCUCCAGUUCUGGAGGAAGCACCCGUCCUCAGAUAUCGCAGAUGUCUCUCUAUGAGCGACAGGCAGUACAGGCCCUGCAGGCACUCCAGAGACAGCCCAAUGCAGCCCAGUACUUUCACCAGUUUAUGCUCCAGCAGCAGCUUAAUAGUGCCCAACUUCACAGCCUGGCUGCAGUCCAGCAGGCUACAAUUGCAGCCAGUAGACAGGCCAGCUCCCCCAACACCAGCACCCCACAACAGACCAUCACCACCCAGGCCUCUAUCAACCUAGCCACCACAUCCGCUGCUCAGCUGAUCAGUCGGUCACAGAGCGUGAGUUCCCCCAGCGCCACAACCCUGACGCAGUCUGUGCUCCUUGGGAAUACCACCUCACCGCCUCUCAACCAGUCACAGGCCCAGAUGUACCUCAGGCCACAGCUGGGGAACCUGUUGCAGGUAAACCGGACCUUGGGCCGCAAUGUGCCUCUUGCAUCCCAACUCAUCCUGAUGCCCAACGGGGCUGUGGCCGCCGUCCAGCAGGAGGUACCACCCACUCAGUCUCCUGGGGUCCAUGCAGACACAGACCAGGUGCAGAAUUUGGCUGUGAGGAGCCAGCAGACCUCAGCCGCCAGUGCCCAGCUCCAAGGCUCCGCUCAGAAGGCAGCUCUGCCAGGAAGCUCCCAGGCUUCGGGCUUACCGCAGGCCACCAGCACGGGCCAGACCUUGGCAGUGGCUCAGACCUCCUCCGGCAGCGCAGGCCAGUCCCUCAAUUUGAGCCAAGGGGCAGCAAGCAGCAAUGGUGUCUCCGGGGGCGUGGUGGCAAGUGGUGGGAGCCAGACCUCAACAGGAUUGAGCCAGAACUCCUCGGCAAGUGCCGCUGGCAGUUGUCAAAGGAAAGGAACGGGGGUGGUUCAACCGUUACCGGUAGCAGCUGCCCAGGCGGUGACCGUCAGCCAGGGAAGCCAGACGGAAACAGAGAAUGCAGCCACAAAGAAGGGCGAAACGGACAGUGGCGGACAGCAAACAGUGGGCAUGAACCUGACCAGGACGGCUACGCCAGCACCCAGCCAGACAUUGAUCAGCUCAGCCACAUAUACACAGAUCCAGCCACACUCGCUGAUCCAGCAGCAGCAGCAGAUUCACCUGCAGAAGCAAGUGGUGAUCCAGCAGCAGAUCGCCAUUCAUCACCAGCAGCAGUUCCAGCAUCGCCAGUCCCAGCUCCUCCACACAGCCACCCAUCUUCAGCUGGCCCAACAACAGCAACAGCAGCAAGCACCCUCUCUGACCCAACAGCAGCAGCAAGCUCAGCCUCCGCAGCAGCAGGCUCCACCUCAAAACCAGCAGCAGGCUCAGACCCUUGUGGUACAACCGAUGUUGCAGUCGCAGCCACAGCCUGUGCAGCUCCAGCAGGACAGUCCUUGCCAGCCGGCCACCAAGUCACCUGUUCCAAUUCAGUCAAAAUCUCUGGUUACCCCCAUCAAACCACCUCAGCUUGGGCCUGCCAAAAUGUCAGCAACACAGCAGCCUCCACCACACAUCCCAGUGCAGGUAGUGGGUACUCGGCAGCAGGGCGCAGGCCAAGCCCAGGCGCUGGGUUUGGCUCAGAUUGCUGCAGCAGUGCCGACAUCCCGGGGAAUGCCAGCCGUGGUCCAGCCUGUUUCCCAAGCCCAUGCUGCUUCCCCGUCAUCGUCUUCAGCUCCGGCAUCCUCGCAGGAAGCUACUCCUCUCACCACAGGGGUGAAUUUGGCACAAGUUCAAGGCACAGCCCACAUGGUGAAGAGCCCAGCCUCCUCUCCAGUUGUGGCUCAGAUGCCAGCAGCAUUCUACAUGCAGUCUGUCCAGUUGCCA